CGCAUUUGGUCCCCUCUCUCUCGUUUUCCUCUGAAUCAGAAACGACCCCUUCUCCUCCGUUUUCAAGCUCGAUUUCAUUUUCGUUCCGCCUCUUCGAUUGUCAACACGAAACCUGAUCAUCAAACGAGCCCUAAACGAAACUAACUAGCCACCCUUUUCUUAGCCGCCGUCCUCUCUUCUUCUUCGUCGCAUGCCUCUCAUCGAUCACCUCUCUCGGAAGCCAUGGUGACGGCGAGGGCCUCGAUCGACGUGGCGGAAGGGAUGAAGGAGAUGGGAACCAUCGGCGACGGAGACAGAUCGUUUCCAGCCGAGAUGGCGAUGAGGCAGAGAGAGCAAAAAAAAUUUUAUUCUAAUAAAAUACAUCCGUAAUAAACUGAACCCAUCUCCAUCACCGUCGCCGUCAUUAUCCUCGCCCCAUCGUCGGUCACUAAUUCCCACUACCGACCGUCGCUGAUUCCUACCAUCAACCGUCUUCAUCAAUGUUAUCGUCAUUCUCAUCACAGCAUGGAGAAGGGGCACAUGAGUUGAUUCCUGCAAUUUGGUGAAGGGAUAUACCCGACUGGGAGUUGAUUUCGGGGGAAGUGAGAUAGGAAAGACA